AUGGUGCGCUCCACCACUCUGUUUGCUGCCACGGCAGCACUUGCACUCAAUGCACAGGCCGAGAGCAUGUACAGCAAAGGAUCCAGUGUCCUACAGAUCAACGGCAUGGACUAUGACAGAGUCAUUGCAAAUUCAAAUUACACCUCGGCAGUUCCCCCAACCUCAACUUGGCACUCUUCUUACCUUUCCAGAUUCUACGCGCCAUGGUGUGGCCACUGCAAGAACCUCAAGCCCGCCUACGAGACGGCCGCCAAGUCGCUCGCCGGGAUCGCCAAAGUCGCCGCCGUCAAUUGCGACGACGAGAUGAACAAGCCCUUCUGCGGGAAGAUGGGCGUACAGGGCUUCCCUACCCUGAAGAUUGUUCGCCCAGGCAAGAAGCCAGGAAAGCCGACGGUGGAAGAUUACCAAGGUCCGCGCUCGGCCAAAGGUAUCGUCGAGGCGGUCAAGGACAAGGUCCCCAACAUCGUCAAGAGGGUCAACGACAAAAACUUGGAUGAGUGGUUACAGGAGAACAAGGAAAGCGCAAAGGCUAUUCUGUUCAGCGACAAAGGCAUCGUCAGCGCUACUCUACGCUCGCUGGCCAUUGAUUUCGCUGGUGUCAUUUCUAUCGCCCAGAUCAAGAAGUCGGAGAAGGCGGCUGUAGAGAAGUAUGGCAUCACCGAGUUCCCCAGUCUGAUCCUCCUACCAGCUGGAUCAGACACACCAAUCAAGUAUGAUGGCAAGGUGGAGAAGGCCGAUAUGGUCAAGUUCUUGUCCCAGAUCGCUCCACCGAACCCCGACUGCCCGGCACCAAAGGAGAAGAAGGCAAAAGGCAAGAAGGACAGCAAGAAGGAGAACAAGAAAGAGGCAAAAUCCUCGAGCAAGUUUGCCAAAUCCUCCGCCGCUCACAAGGCUGAUGAGGCCUCGUCCGCGACUGCCUCAGCUGCAGACGAGACCGUCGAAGAGCCCAUCGCAGCCACCGAGUCACCUGACGCAAACCUGAAGGAUGAGACUACACCGGAACCUAUCGUGAUUCCUGAAGAGGAGCUCAAGCCCAAGAUUUCCAUUCUCACUGAAGCCCCUGAGCUCCAGUCGCUCUGCUUGAAUGAGAAGAGCAAGACGUGCAUUCUCGCCAUCAUGCCAACAGACGAAUCAUCAGAGGCUGCAAAGACUGCCCUAGCCUCUCUUGCAUCAAUCCACAAGAAAUAUGAAACUAUUGGCAGCAACCUGUUCCCUUUUGUCGGGGUCUCAGCAUCGAACCCUCUUGCCGCCACUUUGCUUGCCGAAUUGAGCCUUGGAUCUGGAGACCAAGUCCACCUCGUUGCCACCAAUGGUAAGCGUUCCUGGUAUAGGAAGUAUCCUGGAAACGCUUUUGGCGUCAAGGAGAUUGAAUCUUGGGUAGAUGCUAUCCGCAUGGGAGAUGGUAAGAAGGAAAAGCUGCCUGAGUCUCUGUUGACUGGUGCCGAGAAGCCGGCAGCGGCCGAGGAGAAGACUGAGGCAGCACCGGAGGCGCAGCCCGAGCAUAACGAGCUAUGA